CUCUACCUUCUCCCAGUCCCCCCAUAUAACCUCCCAGUCCCUUCCAGUGACCCCGACUCCCUCCCCGUUCCUCCCAUCGCCUCUCACUGCCUCCCAGUCUCCCCCAUUUCCCUCCCACUCCCUCCCAGUGUCCUCCCAGGGUAUUAAGGAGGUUCGGACCAGUAACAUUCCAGUCCCACCGCUUCCGUGCCUCCAGCCUGGGGCACUGGGCCUUGGGGGGCCACCAGUGACACACCAGUAACAUCCCAGUUCUGAUCCCUACUGCUUUGGGCUGGAAGGCACCUUCAAAGGUCAUCUCCUCCACCUUCCUGCUCUGCAGGGAGGGUGUUGGUGCUCCUGGUGUGGAAGACUGGGCUUGGCCAGGUCGGAGCAGCUGCCCUGGCCUGGAGCCCAUGGUCCCUGUGGAUCCCAGAGGAUUCCAGAGCUGGGGAGAACCCAACACAACACUGCUGACCUCCCGUGCACCCACAGAGUUGGAGUCUGCAGCCUCCCCAAACUCCAGGUGCUCUGAACAGAAAACAAUGAUUUGAGAGUGAAUUCUGUCCCAGGACCAGAAACAAACUGAGCCUGAAACUUCUCCCCGGGGAGAAAAGUUUGACACCAGUGAGGAACGGGGGAGAAAGUUUAGGAUCCGCUAAGCCCAUCUUCACCAUCAGAAAAUCGAUCAGGGUGAGAGACCCCAGAGAUGUCCUGACUGCAGGAGACGGUUUAGCGACAGCUUGGAUCUGGUCCAACGGUGACACCAUCACACAGGCACCAUGUCCUACACCUGCCCUGACUGUGGGAAAGGUUUUAGAAGGAGACCAGCUUUUAUCCAGCAUCAACGGAUCCAUACGGGUGAGAAACCCUUUAAAUGUUCUGACUGUGGGAAGGGGUUUUCCCAUAGUUCCAAUUUAUCACGGCAUCGCCUCCUCCACACGGGAGAGAAACCCUAUAAGUGUCUGGAGUGUGGAAAGGAGUUUUCCCAGAGUUCAAAUUUAUCACAGCAUCGCCACAUCCACACGGGAGAGAAGCCCUAUAAGUGUCUGGAGUGUGGGAAGGAGUUUUCCCAGAGUUCCUAUUUAUCACAGCAUCAGGGCAUCCACACAGGAGAGAGACCCUAUAAGUGUCUGGAGUGUGGGAAGAAGUUUUCCCAGAGUUCUGCAUUAUCACAACAUCACCGCAUCCACACAGGAGAGAAACCCUAUAAGUGUCUGGAGUGUGGGAAGGAGUUUUCCCGGAGUUCCCAUUUAUCACGGCAUCACCGCAUCCACACGGGAGAGAGACCCUAUAAGUGUCUGGAGUGUGGGAAGGAGUUUACGCAGAGUUCUGCAUUAUCGCACCAUCACCUCAUCCACACAGGAGAGAAGUUGUAUCCCUGCACUCACUGCGGGAAAGCCUUCAACAACAGCACCUCUUGGAUUAAUCACCAACAUGUCCACACUGGGGAAAAACCCUACACAUGUCCCCAGUGUGGGAAGGGCUUCAGAUCCAACUCAAAUCUUACCCAACACCUACGGAUCCAUAGGGGUGAAUGUCCCUACUGAUGUGCUGAGUGUGGGAAGAGUUUCGGUUAACGCUCUGGUUUGAAGAAGCAUCAAAGCCUCCAUGCCAGUGAAAAACAUUAAAGUUUCAAUUUAUCAAAGCAUCGGUGCAUCCACAAAGGAGAGAAACUCUAGAAAUGUCUGGAAUGUGGGAAGGAGUUUUCCCGGAGUUCCUAUUUAUCACAACAUCGCCGCAUCCACACAGGAGAGAGACCCUAUACGUGUCUGGAGUGUGGGAAGGAGUUUACUAAGAGAUCCCAUUUGUAAAAGCAUCAUGGCAUCCAUAAAGGAGAGAAGUUGUAUC